AUGGGGAUUAUCAAGCUUUUCGUACGCAUAAGCUCCAUAGUACUAAUCUUAAGUACUACCUAUGUCUCUCAAGCCAGGCCGGCCAAAGAACCCCACCAAGACUUCAUAGACGAGCACAACAAAGCUAGGGCAGAGGUUGGUGUUGGUCCGAUCAAAUGGAAUGAAACCGUUGCGGCCUACGCCCAAAAGUACGCUGAAUCAAAGAUUGAGACGUGUGAAAUGGUGCAUUCGCAAGGGCCUUACGGUGAGAACUUGGCUGAAGGCUGGGGAUCAGAAAUGACAAGCGGACAAGCUGUGAAAUUUUGGGUGACUGAGAAGCCCGACUAUGAUUACGACUCUAACUCAUGCACUGCUGGGAAGGUGUGUGGGCAUUAUACCCAAGUGGUUUGGCGCAAUUCAACUCGUGUUGGAUGUGCUAGGGCUAAAUGUAAGAAUGGUAUGAUUUUUGUUAUUUGUAGCUAUGAUCCUCCUGGAAACUGGAUUGGGGAGCGUCCUUACUAGAUUGUUCAUAAGAAAGGUCAUGAAUAAAGAAAAAAAAUAUGAAAGGGAAUAUGGUGUGUUUUCAUAAAAAGAUUAAUUUAUAGAUGUUCUUAUGAUCUUAUGAAAUCUGACUCAUUGGCUAGCUUUGAAUUGAUAGGUAGGUAUUUACUCUAAUAAGGGUCAUUUAUCUGCUGGUGGCUUUGUCACAGCAAUCCUCUCUCCUACCCAUCAUUAUGUGAUUUACCAACGUCAGAAAUCGAACUUAAGAUGGAUCCCUUAGAAU